AUGCUGGGAACUGGAAUUAUAAGGCCUAGCAACAACCCUUUUGCCUCCCCUGUAGUGUUGGUUAAGAAGAAGGACUCCACAUGGAGACUUUGUGUCGAUUAUAGAGCACUGAACAAAUUGACUAUCAAGGAUAAAUACCCCAUUCCAGUGGUGGAAGAGCUGCUGGAGGAACUGGUAGGAGCAACAAUAUUUUCGAAGAUUGACCUUCGAUCUGGUUAUCACCAGAUUAGGAUGGGUUCGAGGGAGGAAUUCAAGACAGCUUUCAGGACACACAAUGGCCACUACGAGUUCUUAGUUAUGCCGUUUGGGUUAACCAACGCUCCAGCUACGUUUCAGAGCUUGAUGAAUGAGAUUUUCAGAACACACCUCAUGAAGUUCAUCUUGGUAUUUUUCGACGACAUAUUAAUCUACAGCAAGACAUCUGCAGCUCACUAUGAACACUUACAGACUGUUUUCGACCUCCUGAGGAUACAUCAGCUGGUUGCUAAGGAAAGUAAGUGUAGCUUUGGCAGCGAACAAGUCGAAUAUUUGGGCCACAUUAUAUCCAAAUAUGGAGUUGCUACCGACCCCAACAAAAUCAAAGCUAUAAUUGAAUGGCUAUUGCCUAGGAACUUACGACAACUCAGAGGUUUUUUGGGGCUUACUGGCUACUAUAGAAGAUUUGUCAAAGGAUACGGAUCCAUUUGCAAACCCUUGACACAACUCCUAAAAAAGGAUGCCUUUGGCUGGAACCUAGAAGCAACUACUGCGUUCACCUUACUUAAGGAGCUGAUGACCACUCCUCCAGUAUUAUCCUUGCCAGCUUUAGAUAAAUUGUUUGUUGUAGAGACUGACGCAUCCAUGGUGGGUGUAGGUGCAGUAUUGAUGCAAGAGGGGCACCUCAUUGCCUACAUCAGCAAGUCUCUAAGGCCUAAACAACAAGCCAUGUCUAUUUAUGAAAAGGAAAUGCUGGCUAUACUGCAUGCAGUCACCAAAUGGAAGCAUUACCUAUGGGGACGACAUUUUAAGAUUCGCACGGAUCAUAUCGAAUACAGAAAAGGGAAAGACAAUGUGACAGCUGAUGCCCUCUCACGAACUUCAAGCCAAUUACUUUAUUCCUUAGUUGUUUCUUCAGUAUCCACCAAGCUCAUGGAGGAGAUUGCACAAUCUUGGCAAAAGGAUCCACAUUUGCAGACUGUCAUUCAAAACCUGCAAGUCUCUCCCACUUCACUUUCACAUUAUGCAUGGGUCAAUGGCCACCUACAGAGGAAGGGCAAAAUUAUGGUGGGACGUGAUUUGGAAUUACACAGAAAGUUAAUCUCUUUAUAUCACAACUCAGCCAUGGGUGGUCACUCAGGAAGCACGGCUACUGCAAAAAGACAAAACAAGCAUGAGAAUGUAGCUACUCCAGGGCUACUACAACCUCUGCCUAUUCCUCAUGCUCCAUUCAUUGAUAUCAGCAUGGAUUUCAUCGAUGGGCUGCCUAAAUAUGAAGGCAAGGAUGUCAUUAUGGUGGUAGUUGAUCGCUUCAGUAAAUAUGCUCAUUUCAUGUGUCUUAGCCACCCCUAUUCAGCACCUACAGUGGCUAAGAUAUUCAUGGAUAAUGUGUAUAAAUUACAUGGACUUCUAACAUCAGUUGUCAGUGACAGGGAUCCAGUAUUUCUGAGCAAAUUCUGGAAAGAAUUGUUCACCAUACAAGGGGUUAACUUACUAUACUCCUCAGCAUAUCACCCUCAAACUGAUGGUCAGACAGAGAUCGUCAAUAAAUGUGUUGAAAACUACCUCAGAUGCAUGACAGGGACCAACCCAAAUCAGUGGGCACGGUGGCUAUCACUUGCAGAAUGGUGGUACAAUACCAAUUUCCAUUCUUCAACUCAGCUCACUCCCUAUGAAAUACUGUAUGGGUUCCCUCCUCCUAUACAUGUUCCUUAUUUUCCUAGAGACUCUACAGUAGAGUCAAUUGAUGACAUCUUAACCAGGCGCGAAGAAAUGCUUAAGCAAAAAUCAGUAGUCCACAGGUCAUCACAGAAACUAUCAGCAAAGUUCUUCGGUCCUUACCUGGUGAUCAACAAAAUUGGCAACGUGGCAUACAAACUCGAACUUCCACCUUCCUCGACCAUACAUCCAGUGUUCCACGUUUCACAACUUAAAAGGCAUGUCGGAAGCCACCCAGUGCAGACUACACUGACACAAAUGCCUCCAACCCCUGCAUUACAACCACAAGCAACAAUGGACAAACGCAUCAAGGGUAAGCGCCGGGCUUCGGUUUUCCUUGGUGAAUUUGAUGUGGAGCAGGGGGAUAUUGUGGUUGCUGGCACUGAUGGAUUGUUCGAUAAUCUUUUCGGCUCCGAGAUCGAGGAGAUUCUUCAAGAAACUGAAGGAAGAUCUUGUCUUCAGGAUCUUGCCUGGACCAUUGCAACUGUUGCGUCCAUGAAUUCAACCAGCGAGGAUUAUGACUCUCCCUUUGUAGUUGCUGCUGAGUCUGCAGGAAUCAAGCACAUUGGAGGCAAAGUUGAUGACAUUACUGUCAUUGUUGCUGUAAUCGAGUUGUACCACUCUCCUGUGGCACUCUGUUAUGGCUACUGA